CUUACUCACAAACAUUUUUACCGUUGCUGGUCGCUCGCUAUAUACCGUUGAUGAUGGUGAUGAGGUUUGAUUUCAAAGCUCAUGAAACGCAUCAAUGUCGAUCUCCGUCUUCUCCAUUUUCCGGAAUUCAGAAAAUUUCAAACUCGAAAAGUAACUUCUUCCGUACCCAAACUGGAACUUGAUCAAAAAAAUUCACCAAAGGAGAUAGCUUUCAUGCUUGGUCAGGUACUUGACACUUACCCAGAUCUCAAAACGCUUAGAACAGUCCACUCCAGAAUCAUUUCAGAAGAUCUACGCUACAAUUCUUCUCUAGGCGUUAAACUUAUGAGAGCUUAUGCUUCUCUAAAAGAUGUGGCAUCAGCACGCAAGGUGUUCGACGAAAUUCCUGAGAGAAACGUAAUUAUCAUUAAUGUUAUGAUUAGAAGCUAUGUGAAUAAUGGGUUUUAUCGUGAAGGUAUUCAAGUGUUUGGGACGAUGUGUGGUUGUCAUGUUAGACCUGAUCAUUACACUUUCCCGUGUGUUCUAAAAGCGUGUUCUUGCUCUGGGAAUAUUGUCAUUGGGAAGAAAAUUCAUGGUUCUGCUACAAAAGUUGGGCUCUCUUCGACUUUGUUUGUUGGGAACGGUUUAGUUUCUAUGUAUGGAAAGUGUGGAUUUUUAUCUGAAGCAAGGCUUGUACUUGACGAGAUGUCUAGGAGAGAUGUGGUCUCUUGGAACUCAUUAGUUGCUGGGUAUGCGCAAAAUCAGAGAUUUGAUGAUGCUUUGGAAGUUUGUAGGGAAAUGGAAUCUGUGAAGAUAAGCCAUGAUGCUGGCACGAUGGCUAGUCUGUUACCAGCAGUGAGUAACACAACAAUUGAAAACGUUAUGUAUGUUAAAGAUAUGUUUUUAAAAAUGGGGAAAAGGAGUUUGGUUUCAUGGAAUGUGAUGAUCGGUGUGUAUAUGAAAAAUACGAUGCCUGUUGAAGCCGUGGAGUUGUAUUCCCGAAUGGAGGCUGAUGGGUUCGAACCUGAUGCAGUUUCAAUCACAAGUGUAUUACCUGCUUGUGGAGAUACAUCUGCUCUGUCUCUUGGUAAGAAAAUCCAUGGAUACAUUGAGAGGAAGAAGCUGAUACCUAAUCUGUUGUUAGAGAACGCACUGAUCGAUAUGUAUGCGAAAUGCGGAUGUUUAGACAGAGCGAGAGAUGUGUUUGAGAACAUGAAGUCACGUGAUGUUGUGUCUUGGACAGCUAUGAUUUCAGCUUAUGGAUUCAGCGGAAGAGGCUGUGACGCAGUGGCACUGUUUUCGAAAAUGCAAGAUUCGGGUCUCGUCCCUGAUUCAAUUGCGUUUGUCACAACGCUCGCUGCUUGUAGCCAUGCGGGAUUACUAGAAGAAGGUAGGAGUUGUUUCAAACUCAUGACAGAUCAUUACAAGCUCAGUCCUAGGUUAGAGCAUUUGGCUUGUAUGGUAGAUCUUCUUGGCCGAGCCGGAAAAGUGAAAGAAGCUUACAAAUUCAUACAAGAAAUGUCAAUGGAACCAAACGAGAGAGUUUGGGGAGCGCUAUUAGGAGCUUGCAGGGUGCAUUCUGAUACAGACAUUGGUCUACUAGCAGCUGAUAAACUUUUCCAGUUAGCACCCGAGCAAUCGGGUUACUACGUAUUGCUUUCUAACAUAUAUGCAAAGGCUGGAAGAUGGGAAGAAGUGACUAACAUCAGAAACAUAAUGAAGAGCAAAGGGUUAAAGAAGAAUCCCGGAGCAAGCAAUGUUGAGGUGAACAGAAUAAUUCAUACAUUCUUAGUAGGCGACAGGUCACACCCGCAAUCCAAUGAGAUUUACAGAGAGCUGGAUGUUCUAGUAAAGAAAAUGAAAGAGUUAGGUUAUGUUCCUGAUUCAGAAUCAGCGCUUCACGAUGUAGAAGAAGAAGAUAAAGAGACGCAUUUAGCUGUUCACAGUGAGAAAUUAGCCAUAGUGUUUGCCCUGAUGAACACAAAGGAAGAAGACAAUACUGAUGCCAUAAGAAUAACGAAGAAUCUUAGGAUUUGUGGAGAUUGUCAUGUUGCAGCUAAGCUUAUCUCACAGAUAACUUCUCGAGAGAUAAUCAUCAGAGACACUAAUAGAUUUCACGUGUUUCGGUUUGGUGUUUGCUCUUGUGCUUCUGAGCUCAGAGAUAGAGAGAGCGAGAGGUUAGAGAUAAUAGUAGUUUUACCGAUGAUUGAGUCGGUUAUGGCCAUCCGUCUUUCCACCGGAUUUUGCUCGUCGACGGCGUUACUCCAGUAUCGUAGUGCACCGAGCUCGGAGGAGGGAGGAAACUGCUUCCAUUAUGCGUCCCGCCGCGUUUUUCAGCCCCAACGUCUCAAUCAUAUUGAUGGGAGUGGGUUUCUGAAGUACAACAGUGACUAUUUAACAAGAAAACACAUGAGGAAGAAUCGAACGCAAGCCACAGCCGAGUACGUAGAUUCUGCUUCAGAUCCAGGAAAGCAAACUGGGAAGUCAAGGUAUCAUCCUUCAGAAGAAAUAAGAGCCUCUUUGCCACAGAAUGCCGGAGAUUCCAGGCUUUCACCUGCAGAAACUACUAGAACCAUCAUUGAGGUGAACAAUAAAGGAACCCUGAUGCUUACAGGUUCAAUUGGUGAUGGAGUUCAUGAGAAUAUUCUCUGGCCAGAUAUACCUUACAUAACAGAUCAGAAUGGAAAUUUGUACUUUCAAGUAAAAGAGGAUGAGGACGUCAUGCAGUCCGUUACUUCUGAAAAUAAUUAUGUGCAAGUUAUAGUUGGUUUUGAUACGAUGGAGAUGAUCAAGGAAAUGGAGCUGAUGGGUCUUUCUGAUAGUGACUUUGAAACUGAAGAUGAUGAAAGUGGAGAGGAUGACAGUGAGGAUACAGGAGAAGACGAAGAUGAGGAGGAAUGGGUUGCUGUUCUAGAGGAUGAAGACGACGAUGAUGAUGAGGAUGAUCAUGAUGAUGAUGAUGAUGAUGAUUCUGAUUCCGAUGAAUCGCUGGGAGACUGGGCAAAUUUGGAAACAAUGAGGAGUUGUCAUCCCAUGUUUUUUGCAAAGAGAAUGACUGAGGUUGCUUCAAAUGAUCCUGUUGAUUGGAUGGAUCAGCCGUCUGCUGGCCUUGCUAUCCAGGGACUUCUGAGUCAUAUCUUAGUGGAAGAUUAUUCAGAUAUCCAAAAGAAACUUGCUGAUAGCAAUUCUACAAGUACGAACAGAAACAAGGAUGCAGAAAACUUAGAAGAAAAGCUUGCAGACAUCAGUAAGGCUGGUGGUGAAGAAUCUGACGUAGAUUCGUCGCAGGGUGAAAAAGAAAGAACUGUGGUGGCAUUUUACAAGCUGGAGAUGAUUAGAAUUCAGCUUAUUACAGCACAAGGGGAUCAGACUGAAGUUGAGGUGGAAGAUGUCAGAAAAGCACAACCUGAUGCUAUUGCUCAUGCAUCAGCUGAAAUCAUAAGCCGUUUAGAAGAAUCUGGUGAUAAACUAACUGAAGCCCUCAAGUCUCUGUGUUGGAGACAUAACAGUAUUCAAGCAGAGGAAGUGAAGCUGAUUGGGAUAGAUUCCUUAGGUUUUGACCUCAGGCUUUGCGCAGGAGCAAAGAUUGAGUCAUUGCGGUUUGCAUUCUCGACAAGGGCAACAUCAGAAGAAAACGCAGAGGGACAAAUUAGAGAACUAUUAUUCCCGACAACGAACAAGGCGACGCAACCGAAACCGAAACCGAAAUGAACAAGUCAGAAGGAAUGUUGAUGCUGUAGUAAUUUUCUGUGAAGCUGGGCAGAGACAACAGUUACAUGAACCAAAUACCAAACUGCCAAUGCGUAUGUUUAUGGGACAAAUAUGAACAAGUUCUUGGAGAUCUUAGCAAAAGAGUAAGAUCUGUGACUUCAAGCAAUUUUUCAAUUGAUUUUUGAACGCUGUAAUUUCGUGUUG